AUGUUCGCCAAGCUGAAGAAGAAGAUCGCGGAGGAGGCGGCGGCCACCGCGCCGCGCCCGGGCGCUGCCGCCCGCAUCGCGCGCUCCCUCAGCAAGGAGUCGGUGGCGUCGCUGGGAGCCGACUCCGGGGAUGACUUCGCUUCUGAUGGAAGCAGCUCUAGAGAGGAUCUUUCAUCCCAGCUGUUGAGAAGAAAUGAACAGAUAAGAAAACUGGAGGUCAAACUGUCGGAUUAUGCUGAUCAGAUCCGAAACUUGCAGAAGAUAAAAGAGAAGCUUGAAAAUGCAUUAGAAAAGCAUCAGGAUUCCUCCAUGAGGAAGUUUCAGGAGCAGAAUGAAGCUCACCAAGCCAACCGAGCCAAGAUGGCUGAGGGAAUGGCUUUGGCCUUAGAAAAAAAAGACCAGGAGUGGAUGGAAAAAAUGGGUCAAAUUGAAAAGGAAAAAAGAAUACUUGAGAGACAGUUGCAAGAAAUAAGCAAGCAGAGUUUAAACCUUUUUCAGAAGAGGGAUGAAAUUGAUGAACUGGAAGGCUUUCAGCAGCAGGAGAUGGCCAAAGUUAAACAUAUGGAAGAAUCUCUGAACAAAGCGGAGCAGGAACUAGAGGCAUGCRCUCGAGAACUAACUUAUACUAAAGAGCUGCUUCAGGAUACAAACAAGGAGUCAUCAGGCCUAAGAAAAGAUCUUCAAGAGCUGCAGCAACAGUUCCUGGAGCUAGAGGCACAGAGAGAUGAACUAAUGACAGCUGAGAUAAAUGCAGAAAAUAAGAUCACUGCUCUGGAGUUAAGAGAACAGGAGCUACAAACUGUCAUUCAGCAGCUCUCUGUAGACUUGCAAAAUGCUCGAGUUGCUGGUUCUGGUUGUGAGAAGAGACUGGAAAUGCUGCAGGUGGAGCAUGAAUCUCUGAAGGUGGAAUAUGAGCAAUGCAAGCAAAAGAUGACUCUUGAAUAUGAUGAGAAAAACAAACUUAUUAAACAGCUUCAGGAAAAAGUUUCUUCUUUGGAAAAUAAGUUAGAAAGAAAUCUUUCGGGGGAUGAACACAUGCAGGAACUUCUCAAGGAGAAAACUACUCUUGAGCAGAAACUGGAUGAAUCCAGGCAGCACUUACUARCAGACAGAACUCAUCAUGCUGAGACUGUGAACCUACUGGAAACACAAAAAAAAGAACUGGAGCAAAAUCUGCAGAUUACAACAGAAGCAUUAAAGAAGAGCAAGGAAGAAGCUGGUGAGCAGGAUCUGCGGAUCCAGAUGUUGCAAAAUGAUCUAGAGAAUGAAAGAAGUAAAAUGCAGCAACAGAUUUUAAAUGUGAAACAUCAAUAUGAAGAGAAAAUUUCUGGGCUGGAGUCUCAAAUAACUACUCUUAAAACAGCUUGGGAAGCUGAUAAAACAGCCACUCAGCACAGGCUGAGCCAGUUAGAAAAGGAAAAUGAAGUUCUUAAUAAAACUAGAGAAGGAUAUGAAUGUUCUUUAAAAAGUCAAGAGUUGGAACUGGAUAGAUUAAAGAAGGAAUUAAGCAGCAGAGAGACUGUCAGUGUUGAAAUUGCCAAAGCAUUAGAAGAAACACGAAAACAAAAAGAAGAAUUGCAACAGCAGGUUUCACAUCUGACUUCUGUAGUAAAGGAAAAGGACCAGCUGAUCCAUGAAAAAUCUGACAUGCUCCUAAACAAGAAGGAAGAACUAAACCAACUCAGUCAAGACCAUGAAGCUGUCUUGCUGCAAAUGCAUCAGUUGCAAUCUGAUAUAGAAGCAAGGAACAACCAGGCAGCAGAGAAAGAAGAAACAGCAAGAAAGGAAAUCGAUGGAUUGAAAUUGCAGAUACAGGAGUGCCUGCUGGCCAGAGAACACGAGAGAAAUGCUUCACAAUUAGAGGAAUCAGCAAGAGCCUUGAAUAAUAAACAUUUACAUCCUCCAGAAAACUCUGUGAUGGAACAAAAUGGAGAGGUGGCAGCUGUAGACAUUAUCCAGCUUCAAAAAGAUAACCGAGAGCUAGAACAGCAAAUCACUGAGAAAAACAAGAUGAUAAAGCAGCUACAACAGAGAAUGACAGAACUCAAAAAAACACUCCAGAAGGAGUUGAAAAUAAAGCCUGACGGUGAGGGACCUGAAGUACGUGAAAAAACAAAUUCUGAAGUGCCUAAUGCUUCUGUGACUGUCACAAACAACUCUGAUUUAAAUGACUCAAGGGAGAUAAACUUUGAAUACCUUAAACAUGUUGUACUAAAAUUCAUGUCCUGCCGGGAAUCGGAGGCAUUCCAUCUAAUUAAAGCUGUCUCUGUGUUACUAAAUUUUUCACAAGAGGAAGAAAAUAUGCUUAAAGAAACCUUGGAAUACAAGAUGUCGUGGUUUGGAUCAAAGCCAUCUCCUAGAGGCAGUAUCCGGCCAUCUAUCUCGAGCCCAAGGACACCAUGGUCUUAAGGGAACCUGAAAACUGGCAGUCAGCAUCUAGCCACUUAUUUUCUGUGAAAAGAACACUCAACACCCUAAUUCAGGUGUGUCUUAAUCACUGUCAUUGCAGUAUUUUGUACAAGAACUUUGAUACUGUUUACAAAAGUAAUACUGUGCAAGGAGAAUUUUCACCACAGACUGAAACACCUCUCCUGGGUUGGAUCCAGGGACUGUCGUCUCGAUGGUCUCAUAAUGAAGUCAGCUCCUUGUGCUCUUCGGUUUGUUUCUUGGCACCAAAGGGUAAUGUUGACCUCACUAACACUGGUGCUGGCAGUUCAAGCUUCUAACACUUGCAUCUGU